ACUGUAAUCACAUGUGAAGAAAAUGACAUGAAAUUACCUUAGCAAUUUAGGCGAAGGCGAAGAAUGUGUUGAAAAGAGCAGAGAAAGUUGUUAUCCACAACGACAUCAACACAAGGCGUAGGGUGUGUCUGUCUCUCUCUCUCUCAUGGCAACCUCUUUCUCUCCGACAACCUGUGUCCGCUCACUCUUCCGAAACCCUCCCAGAGCCCUUCUCUCCGUUCCCCAUUCCUUUGACGCCGUCAAACGCUCCUUCUCCUCUUCUGCAAGCUAUGCCACUCUCAAGCUCCCUCUUGGCUUCUCUCUUUCUCCAACACCCCUCAUUUCCAAAGGGUUAUCGCAUAGGAGAACGCCACUUAUCAGGGCUGCUACUAUUGAAGAAAUAGAAGCGGAAAAGGCAGCAAUUGAGAAUGAUGCUAAAAGCAGGAUGGAGAGGACUAUUGAUAAUGUCCGAACAAAUUUCAACUCCAUAAGAACAGGGAGAGCAAACCCUGCCAUGCUUGACAGGAUUGAGGUGGAAUACUAUGGAACUCCAGUUAGUUUGAAGAGCAUUGCUCAAAUUAGCACUCCUGACGCGAGUUCUCUUUUGGUACAGCCAUAUGACAAAUCAAGCUUGAAGGCUAUUGAGAAAGCAAUAGUUAGCUCUGAUCUUGGUAUGACUCCAAAUAAUGAUGGAGAAUUAAUUAGAUUGAGCGUCCCACAGUUGACAUCUGAAAGGAGGAAGGAACUAUCGAAAGUAGUGGCUAAACAAGCUGAAGAAGGGAAGGUGGCUUUGAGAAAUAUAAGAAGAGAUGCAUUGAAAGCUUAUGAUAAACUUGAGAAGGAGAAAAAACUCUCUGAAGAUAAUGUGAAGGAUCUAUCAAGUGAUUUGCAGAAGCUGACAGAUGAUUAUAUAAAGAAAGUUGAUACCAUCCUCAAACAGAAAGAAAAGGAGUUGCUGACAGUUUGAUGCUUUGAUACAAAAAGUAAUGCUGAGUUCUAUCUAAACAAGGUCAAAUUUUGUAUCUACUUCGUUCAAGGGUUGGAUAAUUAAUGCAUAUGUUGAUUGGUUUUAUAGAGGACAAACUUUUGAACUAAAUAUGUUUUUUUUUAGAAUUGAAAAAGUAAGUUCGUGCCUGUAAAUUGGACUUAUUUUACAUAAUUGAAAUUUGACCCUCAAGGAA